AUGGCUGCCGUUACAAAGUAUAGUAGCGUUUAUUCAAAUGGAGACAGUGGUUACCAUAGUGGAUCACCAGUGAAACGAGAAAUUGACAUGGAUGACGAUGAUAUGCCUCUUACACAAAAAGUACGAAUGGUUCAACCUGAGGUAUCAGGAAAGAGAUCAUUUGAAGCGGCUUUGGAUGCUUCAUCAUCGAAUCGAGUUAAAAAUCAUUCUGGAAACUUGGUGACACAUCUUAAAAAGGAAAUAAAAGCGGAAGUGCAUAGCGAUGAUGAUCUUCCGCUGAGUAGUCGCAUUAAAGAUUCCUCUUCAAAAAAGCGAAAAAUAAAGGAAUCAGACGAUGAAUAUUCUGAACUGAAAAAGAAGCGGAAAAUGGAAAAUACAAAAGAAAAGAAUUCAUCGAAAAAAUCUGAAAAUAAGGAUGUGAAGAAGGAAACUGUAUCAUCGCCAUCCAAAAAAAAGAAAAAAGUUGAAGAAGAAGAAGAAAUUUGGAAAUGGUGGGAAGAAGAUUCAAAGCCAGAUGGUGUGAAAUGGCGAACGUUGGUGCAUAAAGGUCCAGUUUUUGCACCCGAUUAUGUUCCAUUGCCGCAAACUGUACAUUUCAAAUACAGUGGAGAAACGGAAGAAGUGGCAUCGUUUUAUGCAAAAAUGUUGACUCACGAAUAUACUACUAAAGAAAUUUUUAAUGAAAAUUUUUUCAAAGAUUGGCGAAAGGUAAUGACAGCAAUAGAAAGAGAAAAAAUUAAAGAGCUUGCAAAAUGCGACUUUAGAGAAAUGUCUGCUUAUUAUCAGCAACUUACGGAAGAAAAAAAAGCGAUGACUAAAGAAGAGAAAUUGAAAAUUAAAGAGGCAAAAGAAGCGGAGGCUAAGGAAUAUGGAUUCGCUGUCAUUGAUGGUCAUCGUCAGAAGAUAGGCAAUUUUCGCAUUGAACCACCAGGUCUUUUUCGAGGUCGUGGUGGUCAUCCAAAAAUGGGUUGUCUUAAAAGACGUGUACAACCUGAAGAUGUUAUUAUCAAUUGUUCCAAAGGAUCUGAGAUUCCUAUUCCGCCUGCAGGACACAAAUGGAAAGAAGUACGGCAUGAUAAUACUGUCACAUGGUUAUGCGCAUGGACCGAAAAUGUUCUCGGUCAAAUUAAAUACAUAAUGUUGAAUCCUUCAUCUAAAAUAAAAGGUGAAAAGGAUUAUGAAAAAUUCGAAACUGCAAGGCGUCUUAAAUCUCGCAUCGACGACAUACGUGAAGUUUACACAACUGAUUUCAAAAGCAAAGAAAUGCGUAUUCGUCAACGUGCUGUGGCUCUUUAUUUUAUUGAUAAGUUAGCCCUUCGAGCUGGUAAUGAGAAGGAUAUUGAUGAAGCUGCCGAUACUGUAGGUUGUUGUUCUCUUCGUUGUGAACAUAUAAAAUUGCAUCCAAAACUUGAUGAGAAAGAGUAUGUAGUCGAAUUUGAUUUUUUGGGCAAAGAUAGUAUACGAUAUUAUAACAAAGUACAGGUGGAGAAACGUGUUUUUAAUAAUUUAAAGUUAUUCAUGGAAAAUAAAGAUCCUGGUGAUGAUCUUUUUGAUCGAUUGGAUACUACAAGUCUUAACCAACAUUUGCAAAGUCUUAUGCCGGGAUUAACUGUUAAAGUCUUCCGUACCUAUAAUGCCUCAAUUACGCUUCAGCAACAAUUGGAGAAAUUAACUAAAGAAGAUUCGAGCGUACAAGAGUAUUUACUUUCGUACAACCGAGCAAACCGUCAGGUUGCAAUUUUGUGUAAUCAUCAGCGAGCGGUGCCAAAAAGCCAUGAAAAAAGUAUGGAGAAUUUAGCUGGCAAGAUAAAAGCGAAAAAAGCUGAAGUAAAGGAAGCCAAGGCGAGUUUGCAAGAAGCAAAAGGUGAAACUGCCAUUAACCGAGCGAAAAAACGGUUGGAGAGGGUUAAAGAACAGUUGAAGCGGUUGAAAAUUCAGAGAACGGACAAAGAUGAAAAUAAGCAGAUUGCUCUGGGAACAUCUAAAUUAAAUUAUUUGGAUCCUCGAAUUUCGGUAGCAUGGUGUAAGAAAAAUAAUGUGCCGGUAGAAAAAAUAUUCAAUAAAACACAACGUGAGAAGUUUCGUUGGGCGAUUGAUAUGGCUGAUGAAAAUUUUAUUUUUUAA